CUUCAAUUUUGUUUUUUGGCUUAGGUUGUGGGAGUUGUCACAAAAAUAUGCCCUUCUGAAACAAAAUUGGGGUUUAGGGAAAAAAAAAAGAGAGGAAAAGUGACCCCCCUUUGAGAUGCUCUAAGAAGGGUUUAAUGGCGUCGACGGUGGAGAAACGAAAGCCAGUGUUCACGCAGGUCGAUCAGCUAAAGCCAGGCACUAACGGGCACACUCUCACGGUGAAGGUCGUCUCCGCCAAGCCCGUACCAGUCCAGAAGCCUCGUUCUCUCGCGGUCUCUCGCCCUUCUCGUCCUAACCGCAUCGCCGAAUGCCUCGUCGGGGACAGCACUGGGACUAUCCUAUUCACUGCCCGAAAUGACCAAGUGGAUGUUAUGAAGGCUGGUGCUACUGUUAUUCUGCGUAACGCCAAGAUUGACAUGUUCAAGGGGACUAUGAGGCUAGCGGUGGACAAAUGGGGUCGAAUUGAAGUUACUGAGCCUGCUAAUUUUGUCGUCAAAGAGAGCAACAAUCUUUCCCUGAUUGAGUAUGAAUUAGUUAAUGUUGUUGAGCAAUGAUUGGUAUUAUUUUGGAGUCUCAAAUUUCCAGUC